AUGAAUGAUGAUCUUCAGUCCUCUAUAUUACUUGCGAUACGGUCUAGAUUUCCCAGUUAAACGUGAAAGAUCCGUGAGAAUAAUGUGUGGAACGUACUACGACGAGAACAGAAGGCAGCAGACUCGCAAUCGAUCCUUUCUUGCCCUUCUCAUCAUUUCAGUCAAACAUAAUAAGUACGUUGACCCUCGUCUUUCUUUGGAUGCCCCAUUGACCCCCAACAAACAUUCGAACUUAUCACGUCAGUUGGCACGCGCGCGCUCGAGAGAGAGAGAGAGACAGAGGCCUACGGUCUGGGCUUUAUUGGUCAGCCAACAGCUCUAAUCGUCUCACUCUUGUAUGAUGAUCUUGGAAAUAUGUUUACUACACUAAUGCCUUCUAAAUGAGUUCGGUAUUUAGUCUAACCUGGUGUGAACAAUAAAUUGCAACUGCUUGCAAAAAUUAUGGAAGAAAGUUGAUCCGAAAAUAAUCAGAUUAUAUAACAUUUAAAAAUGAAAGCAGUUGCCAUUGCAUGUCGUGUUUCAAAGGCGAUACUUAUAGGGACCUUUCAAAACAAGAAUUUAAUCUGGACGACAACAAUAGCCUUUGCCCACAACACCGUAAAAAUUUAUAGAAAAUUAUUUUCUGGUGCGAGAAUCAUAAAUAUUUUAGGACAUAUCUGAAAACACAAAUAUCUAUUCAAAUCCAUCAUGAAUACAAAGAUUCUCAAGCUUCUCAUAAAACAAGAUCGAUGCUACGGGAUAGAAUGCUCACCACCUCUAGCGUUUGCUUCCAUAUUUUACGAUUUCUCUAUCCAAUAAACAAACUUUCCUCUAAUAACGUUUCGUCAAUAAAUAUUUUUCAAUUCUUCACUUAAAUUAUUUUGAAAUCACAGUGAUCAUUGUUGGGUACUAAUUAUGGCUACUCUCAGCCUAUUAUAUUUUGGUUUUACUUCUGAUAUUAUUGAGGAGUCUAAUAGACCUAGAUUAAAAAAAUCUUAGAAAUGUUUAAUGAUCUUAAAUGGUAUAUCCUAUACAUUUUAGUUCAAGAUACAAAUGUGAAAUUAUUAUUCAUUGAUAUCAAAACUUUCUUGCAUAAUCAUGCACAUCACAUGAGUUCAAACAUUGAUUCUAAUAUCAAAUAAUUUUACUUAUCAUGGAUUAAAUGUAUUAAUCAUCAAAGUUUUUUUCUAAAUUCAAUUAGGAUACUAAUCAAGAAUAUUUAUUUCAAAAAUAUCAUAAUAUUAAUCAACUGCUCAUAAUUCCAUUAAUCAACUGUCACGUUCAUCUUUGAGCUAGCCUUCUAAGGCAGUGCUUAUUUUUGUUGCACCAUCUUGGAAUUAAAAAUCAUUAUAUGAACCAUUUUGCCUGAGUAAAUUUCUCAACUCAUUAUUAUUGUAAAAACCAUAACAAAGAAAUUAUUUUAAUUUUUUAAAAAAAUUCUCAUUGCAAAUAUCUUUCUAAGAAGUGUUAAACGACUAUUUAUGGGUCACCAUUUUUCCUCUAAAACUAUUUUACUAAUUUUGAAGCAAAACUGUUUGACUAUUUAAACAAUAAUUUCAGCCAUAACUAUUGACCAUUUUUUCUUUGAAAAAAUGGCACAUCUGAACAUAUAAUUCAAAUCUUAUGAAAUUAGAAAACUACUCCUUAUACAUAUUGCCAUGAUCAAAAAAAUAUAGGCUCAUAAAACCAUAGAUGAGAUACUUACCAAUAAACUCAAUUGAAACAGUGCCCCACAGCUGUCAAAGUCACAUGGGGUUGAAACACGAGAGUUCUGGAGGGAACUCCUCUCAGAGGGAAAGUAAGCGGAGAGGCAAACUCGCUUGAGGGGUGACGUGACUCAGUCGUUGUAUAUUAAAUCACGCAGAUCUAAAAUUUAUAAAACUAGAAAAUACGAAUUUCUAGAUAUUUAGAAGUAUUUAUAAAUAAAUAUAUCAAUUAUAAUUUAAUAAAAGUUCCAAAAAUAGCGAUAAUUUCCCAGGUCGAUCACAGGGAUGUAAUAUAAUAUUUUGUAAUUAUUCAGAGUUUUUCUCAAUGAAUACGAUUUUCUAUGAAUUUUAUACUAGGAAAUGAAAAGGAAAUAUAUUUAAAAUUCACGAAAAAAAAGAGGAAAUAAGGGUGCGGACGACAGGAUGACGUCAGCGCCCGGCGAACGCGAAUCGGGCGGAAACAGAGUUCCGCCCGGCGAUUAAAAGCCGGAAGAAUCGUAAUUGAACGAAGUAUAGUUUGGUAAAUUAAAAUCACACAAAGUAUCACUAAAUAAAGCGUAAAUUAAAUUGAAAGCAGGAAACCAGAGUUCCGGCGUCGCGACGGCGAUGCGUCGGCGAUGCACCGGAAUCCUGAGCGUUCGGGAGGAUCGUCGUGCAGUGUCCACGGCCUCGAAGGCUCUCCUUGGACAAAGACGACGUGGGCAAUCUCUAGAUCUUCUCGCGAAGUCUAGAGAUCAAUGAAGUGGGUCGUCGAAUCGUCUCCGGCGGCUGUCACCCGGCGGAGCGGAAAAACGGCGACUUUGCGGCUCUCCGGCGGCUGUCACCCGACGGAGAGGAGCUGGAUGGAGGUGGGGCGCGUGUUAGGGAGCUUCAUCCUCAGGUCCGCGCAGCAAGGGGAGGCUCUUCAUCGCAUCUGGUACGCUCUCAGGAGGUGGCGACUCGUCUCCCGGCGGAUCGUCCUCUUCCCGACGACGGCUUGUUCGUCGAUCAAUCGGAGAUGAUUUACUCGAUGGAUUGCGAUCCUUUUAUCGCGAAUCGUUCAACAAUUUUAGUAGCAAUGCUCCGCGAAUCGCGUUGACGAGAUUUUCGCCGAUGAUCCAGCGAUUCCGGUUGCUUAAUCCUUCACCGGCGAUCUGCAGGAAAGUCGCGAUAAUCAGUUAAAAAUAUAUGAAUUUUGACUCUGGGAGGAUUCGAACCCGCGGCGGUCGCCCGCCCCUGAGCAAGGUGUGACGCGGGUUUAGUCCCACAUCGGUUGUGCGCGGAUUAUUCGGGCGAAUAUAUAGUAAAGUUAGCUUUCUAGGCAAAGUCCUCUUGCGUGUACGACCACUCCUUGCCCCACAGCCGGCUGGCCACCGGUGACGUGGAAGGGGAGUGGCGCACACGUGCCCCUAUCGAUCCAAGCAAGCCGCUCGAACCCCUGCUCGCGGCUACUCCCCGACUACGCUUCCGACCCGCUUGCGGGCCCGGCUGGCCGGCGGGUCCCCCCAUUUUGCAAUAUUUUUAUUUUUAUUUCUUGUUCUUCAUUUAUCUCAAAACUAAGACUGUAAAAAUCGUAUAAAAUCACAUAAUUACCCAAAAAUUCAUGUUAAUCAACUGAAAACCACUUUUCAUGCUUUAACACAAAUAUAAGUCUAUUUAUCAUGAGUUAAGGCUAAAACUAUAUUAUUUACUAAUUAUUAACUCAUGAUAAUGAAGACUUAUCACACCCCCCAACUUAAAUCAUUGCUAGUCCCUUAGCAAUGGAAUUACGAAAAUAAAAAUUUACAAAUCUCAAACAUCAUAUUUCAAUACAGAAAAGAAAUACAAUUAGAAAUGAUGCACCUUUAAACACUUUGGAUUCUUAUAUCAAGUAUUUAAGAAUGAUGUCAAGCACUUAAAUGUUUAAACACUCCUUGGAAUAACAAUCUAGACUUCACUUCUUCUAUUCACAUCUUUAUCACUUCUUCACUCAUAGAUGUAUUUACAAGAUGUUCCAAUUAUCAAUACUCAUCUAAGAAUAAUAUUGAUCUUACAUUUCCCUUUUUCUAUGACUUGAUUUUUGAAGUUUGCACUAUAUUUCUUCCUUCUUUUUUUUUUUUAUAUAUAUAGUGGAUAAGUAGCUUUUCCUGUAGACAAAUUUCGACAAUAAGAAUGAUGUCUCACACCCUCCAUGUGUACUCUUCAUUUUCAGGGCUUUCACUUUAUCCACUUAUUUUUCAGCAAGUGUUUUUCUAUGCACGAUUUUCGACAAUGAGAAUGAUGUCUUACACCCUCCAUGUGUACUCUUCGUUUCUAGAUUUUUCACAUUGCUCUCUUUUUUUUUUUUUUUGAAAUAAGUGAUUUCUCCUCACAAGUCCUAUAGAUCAGGGUGCAAAAAUCUCCAUUAAACUCAAAUGAUCAAUCAAAUUUUCACAUCAAGUAAAUAUUAUCCAUCAAGAUCAUGAAGUGAAAAUCUGUAAAAUCAAAUCCGUGUUAUCUAUCAUGUAUCCAAGGAGUAUUCCAACAUUUCAUGCUACUAGAUCAUUCUUUUGACUCAAUAAUAAUCUUCCUAGUAUCUUUUGGUAUCAAUCAAUCUAAUUGAUUUAAUUUUUCAUGCAUGCAAUAUGAUGUAAGGAAUUUGUAAAUUAGAUAGUUCUGACAGUUCUGUUUUCUGUUUUCAGUUCUAUUUUAGCAGCAAUAAAUUUGUCAAAAAUAAAUCAAAACUAUCUUCUUUAUAGCUGUAAUUUCGAAUUUCAGUAAUAUAUGUCUAGGGGAUUGAAAUGUGAGAAAAGGGUCUCUAUAAUUUCAAAUUUCGGGUUGUUUUUUCAUCUGCUGUUUUUGACAGUCUAUUGUUCCUGACAGAAAACCAGAAAAUAGAUGUUGCAGUUUUUCCGAAUUCGGUGAUUUUUUUUAUUUUUUUUUUAGUUGCUGUUCUAAGUUGAAUAAAAUGCAAACACAUGUUCUUAAUCGUCCUACAGCAUAAAUUAAUAAUGAAUACUUCCCCCCCGACUUAAAAAUGACAUUGUCCUCAAUGACACAAAAAAAAAAUCGAAACAGAAUAUGCAGAAAAUAUAAUUUUCAAGUUAAGCAUUAAAAAUAUUGUCAUAAAUGAUAAAGCUCAGAAAGACAUCACCUCAACCUCGUUUUUAAUUUUCCACUUCAUCUUACACACCUCCUCCUGCACUUCUUCGAAAAAAAACAAAUACAGAAACAAGUACUGCGAAAUUCUAAGAAAAAUAGAGCUUAAAAAAAAUCAAACAGAAUGAAAUAAAAACCAUGGGUUGCCUCCCAUGCAGCGCUGAAUUUAAUGUCUCCAGCUGGACUCCUUGAUCUUACUCUUGAAUUUCUUUUAAUAAUAAAAUUUCUUUUUUUGCAAGGCGUUCAUGUUCUAUGUAAUGUUUAAGCCGCUGUCCAUUUACCUUAAAGUUAUGAUCACUUUUAGGAUCUUUAAUCAUUACAGCCCCAUGAUCAUAUGUCUCUUCCACCACAUAAGGCCCUUUCCAUUUUGAUUUUAAUUUUCCUGGGAAUAAUUUCAGCCUAGAAUCAUAUAACCACACUUUUUGUCCAACAUCAAAUUUUUUUCUGCUAAUGUAUUUAUCAUGAAAAGUUUUAGUUUUUUCUUUAUAUAUUCUAUGAUUUUCAUAAGCUUCAUUCCUCAACUCCUCUAGUUCAUGUAACUGAAAAAUUCUAUGCCCACCAGCUGAUUUUUCAUCCAUACAUAAAUUUUUUAUAGCCCAUAAUGCUUAAUGCUCUAUUUCCACAGGAAGAUGACAUGGCUUUCCAAAAAUGAGACGAAAUGGGGACAUACCUAUGGGAUUUUUAUAAGCUGUUCUAUAAGCCCAUAAUGCAUCUUGUAAUUUCGUGGGCCAAUCUUUCCUAUCUGGUCUAACUAUUUUUCUCAAAAUUCUCUAAAUUUCCCUAUUUGCUACUUCAGCUUGCCUAUUUGUUUGGGGAUGAUAUGGAGUGGCUACUCUAUGGUGUACUCCAUUCUUUUUCAACAGUUAUCUGAAAUUUUUAUUUGUAAAAUGUGUUCCUCCAUCACUAAUAAUCACUCUAGGACAUCCAAAUCUCGAAAAAAUAUUUUCCUGCACAAAUUUCAUCACGAUUUUAUGAUCAUUAGUUCUAGUAGGAAUAGCUUCCACCCACUUCGACACAUAAUCAACAGCAAGCAAAAUAUAUUCAUAUUUUUCAGCUGAUGGGAAGUGACCCAUGAAAUCUAUUCCUCAUACAUCAAAAAUUUCGACUACUAACAUGUUACUCAUGGGCAUUUCAUCUUUUUUACUCAUGUUACUUAUAGAUUGGCAUGAAAUACAUGUUCUACUAAAUUCUAUAGAAUUUCUAAUGAUUGUAGGCCAAUAAAAACCACACUGAAAAAUUUUUGCAGCUGUUUUUCGUCUAGAGAAGUGUCCUCCACAGUUAGAUGAAUGGCACAUGUUAAUAAUGCUAUGGUAUUCUUCUUCAAGAACACAUCUCCUUAAAAUUUGAUCAUUGCCCAAGUAAUAUAAAUCAGGAUCAUGCCAAAAAUAAUUUCUAAUCUUAGAAAAGAAAUGAUUUUUUCUGUUCUUAUCCCACUAUUCUGGAGUUUUUCCAGAAACCAGAAAAUUAACAAUAUGUGCAUACCAUGGUGAUGGUUGAUGUUGAGCUGCCAUCAAUUGUUCAUCUAGAAAUGCGUCUUGUAAAGGUGCUGCAUUUAUUCCCGUGUCACUUAAUCUAGAAAGAUGGUCAGCAACAGCAUUCUCGAAACCUUUUUUAUCUUUUAUUUCUAAGUCAAAUUCCUGCAACAAUAAAAUCCAUCUUAAUAAACGUGGCUUUGCAUCUUUCUUAUUUAACAGAUAUUUUAAUGCUGCAUGAUCAGUAUAAAUAAUAAUUUUAGCUCCCAAAAUAUAUGAUCUAAACCUUUCUAACGAAAAUACUACAGCUAACAACUCUUUUUCAGUCGUGGUAUAAUUUAAUUGAGCAUCGGAUAUAGUUUUACUAGCAUAUGAAAUUACUAUGGGUUUUGACUCUUUUGUUUGUCCUAGAACGGCCCCCACUGCAUAAUUCGAUGCAUCACACAUUAUUUCAAAGGGAAGGGACCAAUCAGGAGCUUGUAAAAUGGGUGCCUCAGUAAGUAAUCUUUUUAUUACGGAAAAAGACUCAAAACAUUUCUCAUCAAAAUUAAAAGGCAUAUCUUUAGAUAAUAGCAUGGUGAGAGGUUCAGAAAUCUUCGAAAAAUCUUGAAUAAAUUUUCUGUAAUAACCUGCAUGACCCAAGAAAGAUCUAAUCUGUUUUACUGAAUUUGGAGGUUUCAUUUUAGAUAUAAUAUCAAUUUUUGCUCUAUCCACCUCUAAACCCCUUUUACUCACAAUAUGACCCAACACAACUCCCUCUUUAACCAUAAAAUGUGAUUUCUCCCAACUCAAAACUAAUUUUUUCUCUAUGCAUUUCUCAAGUACAUGCUGUAAAUGAUUUAAGCAUUCAUCAAAUGAUUCGCCAAAAACAGAAAAAUCGUCCAUAAAAAUUUCCAUGCAUUUUCCAAUCAUAUCAGAAAAAAUAGACAGCAUACAUCUUUGAAAUGUGGCUGGAGCAUUACACAGACCAAAAGGCAUGCAUUUAAAAGCAAAAGUACCAAAUGGACAAGUGAAAGUUGUUUUUUCUUGAUCUAAAGGGUUUAUAUAAAUUUGAUUAUAACCAGAGUAUCCAUCCAGAAAACAAAAAAAGUUUUUUCCAGCUAAUUUUUCUAGAAUUUGAUCAGUAAAUGGUAGGGGAAAAUGAUCUUUUCUAGUAACUGAAUUUAAUUUUCUAUAAUCAAUGCAAACUCUCCAACCGGUAGUUAGUCUUGUUUGUAUUUCAUCCCCAUUUUUGUUUUUUAUAACCGUAAUCCCUGAUUUUUUUGGCACUACUUGUGUAGGACUAACCCAUUUGCUAUCUGAAAUAGGAUAAAUAAUAUCAGCAGCCAGCCACUUUAAAAUUUCCUUUUUUACAAUUUCCAUCAUGUUAGGAUUUAAUCUUCGUUGUGGUUCCCUACUAGUUCUAGCCCCCUCCUCUAAAUAUAUACUAUGCAUGCAUACACUCAUAUCAAUGCCCCUUAGAUCGUCCAUUUUCCAGCCCAUAGCUUUCUUAUUUUUUCGAAGUACAUCUAAUAAUUCUUCUUCCUAUUCAUCACUCAAAUCAGCUGCAAUAAUAAUAGGAAAUGAAUUAUUUUCCUCCAAAAACAUAUAUUUUAAACUAGAGGGAAGAGGUUUCAACUCUAAAUUCAGAUGAUCUUCCUCUUUCUUUUCUUCUAAAUUUAUAUUCUCUAUUUCCUCUAAUUCUUUCAGCACAUAGUCAUCAAUAACAUCUGGAUCAUCAAAAUCAUCUAGAAGAUCUAUGGUAUGACAAUCAUAUACUUGGGAUUUCUUAAUAUCAUUUGAUAUCUCAAAAAUUUUAAUUUCUACUGAUUGAUCUCCACAUGAAAUUUUCGCAAUACCUAUGGGAAAAUCAAUAUUCAUCUUUGCUGUAUGCAAAAAUGGUCUCCCUAAGAUGAUUGGUGUAUCAUAAAACUGUCCAUUAAAAUCCAUUUCCAGUACUACGAAAUCAGCUGGAAAUUUACACCCUUUAACUGUCACUAUCACAUUUUCUAAAAUACCUUUAGGAUGUUUUAUGGAUCUAUCAGCAAAUUGUAAGGUAACAGUAGAAGGUUUAAGAUCAGAAAUAUUAAAUUUAUCACAAAUACUUGCAGGUAAUAAAUUAAUGCUAGCACCGGUGUCAAGUAAUGCAUUCUGAAAAAUGAAUCCACCAAUAUCACACGAAAUCAAAGGGGCACCUGUAUCUCUCAAUUUAUAUGGUAAUUGAUUUAAUAAUAAUGCACUAGCAUGCAUAGAUAAUUUUUCUACUCUAGGUGCCCUUUUUGGUGUACACAUUUCUUUCAAAACUCUAGCAUAUUCAGGAAUAUGUUCAAUGGCAGUAAGUAAAGAAAGACUAAUUUGCACAUCUUGUAAAAUUUUCUUUAUUUCUUCAUUGUGUUCCUUUUUCUUUCUUUGUCUAGGCUCUAGAGCUUUAGGAAAUGGAAUGGUUGUCCUCUCUUUCGAAAUUUCCUUGGUAGAAUCUAUAAAAUCCUCUUCUACUCCUAUUUGAUUUUGUUUUGGGUUGUCCACGUUUUCUUUUUCUUCUAAUGUUUGAGGAUAAGGAUCAGCUAAGAUCUUACCACUCCUUAAUACAUUCACUGUCCUAACAUUUUCAUUUCGUGGGUUUUUUCCUAGAUUCAUGCUACUAGACUCCCCUUGCUGAAAUCCUAUUGUUGGGCAGUUCCCUAGAUUUUCUAUGGGCUGACUAGGUAGCUGUCCCUCUUCUCUCUUAUUCCCAAGAGCCUCUAUAAUUUGUUUCUGGUGCAGCAUCAUUUGGUUCAUAGUUUGUUGCAUCAUUUGGCUCAUUUGCUGCAUCAUUUCCAUAGCAUCAAGUUGGAUUUGAGAGGACUGAUUUUUCUGAAAUUUGUUUUCUUGUUUUGGACGAAAUUCAGAGUUUGAAUUGGGUCUAAGUGCUUCUGGAUUUUGAAUAUUAUUUGGGUCUCUCCAUGAAAAACUAUUCCUCCAAUUAGGAUUAUAAGAAUUUGAAAAAGGUUCCUUGUUUCUAUUAAAACCGUGAGCUACUUGCACUUGUUCUUGCAUAGGGUGAAAUGAUUGAUCUAAAUUAUAACAUUGAAAUUCAGAAUAAUCGUUUUCACCAUACAUAGGACAUGUACUAUUCGAAUUAAGUUGAGGGUUAAAAGGCUUUCUAAUAUUGUCAAUAAGUAAAUCAAUUUUUUCUAAUCUUUGAUUAAUCUGAUUAACCUCAUUUCUAAGUUUAGAAUCAUCAUCAUGAUGCAAUUCAUAAAUUCCUCUCUUCUUAUCCCUGUCAUAUAAUUCAAAAGAGGCUUGAUCUCUAGAAUUUUCACUUAAAUUCUCAUAAAGACUGUAAAUCUCAUCAGGAGUUUUCUCCAUAAAAGCUCCUCCACAUAUAGAAUCAACCAUAUUUCUAUGUUGUUCUAAUAAUCCAUCAUAAAAAAUUCUAUUGAGCUGCCACUUGGGUAUAGCAUGAUGAGGACACUUUCUAAGUAAAUCUUUAAAUUUUUCCCAUGUCUCAUGCAAAGUUUCUCCUGGUCUUUGAGAAAAACUCCAUAUAUGUUUUCUCAUAUUUUGAGUUUUUCCUAAGGGAUAAAAUUUUCGAAGAAAGGCCUGUUCUAUAUCUUUCCAAGCUAGUUAAUUCUCUAUCUAAUGUGGAUAGCCAAUGACUAGCUUUGUCCCUAAGUGUAUGAGGGAAUAAUUUCAUCUUAAUAAUUUCCGGUGUAACUUGAGGGAGAUUAACUAAAUCACAGACCAUAUGAAAUUUUUCCAAGUGCUGAUGAGGUUCCUCUAAAGGCAAUCCAUGAAAAUUAGGGAGCAUUUGAAAAAUUCCUAGAUUUAUUUCGAAUUUAACAGUGGGUGCUAAUGGGACUCUAAUAUUGGAUGCUCUUUGAAAUGAAUCAGGGAUAUAAUGAUUUUUCAUGGCCAUAGGAUUGUUCUCAGUUUGACCUGUACUUCCUUCAGGAUCCAUCAAAAUUAAUUUUUCUUUCGGAUUUUUCUUUUUGAAUGAAAUAAUGAAAGGAUUUUCUAGCCUUGGAUGCAAGGAUCUUCUACCAUGCAUAAAAAUAAAUAAAUUCGAGGGAAAAAGUUAGUAACUGUUACCCUCCUUCAGGAUGCUCCAGUCCUUGCCGUGCUUCUUUUCGUUCCCUUUUUCUAAUAAAAAUCGGCAAAAAGAAAAUAAAACAAGAGUUAAGUUAUUAUUUUUAUUUUUUUUAUUUUGUACUCUAAGAGAAAAAUAGAAAAAUACUAAAUAUUAUGCAAUACAUCCCCGGCAACGGCGCCAAAAUUUGACGUGACUCAGUCGUUGUAUAUUAAAUCACGCAAAUCUAAAAUUUAUAAAACUAGAAAAUACGAAUUUCCGGAUAUUUAGAAGUAUUUAUAAAUAAAUAUAUUAAUUAUAAUUUAAUAAAAGUUCCAAAAAUAGCGGUAAUUUCCCAGGUCGAUCACAGGGAUGUAAUAUAAUAUUUUGUAAUUAUUCAGAGUUUUUCUCAAUGAAUACGAUUUUCUAUGAAUUUUAUACUAGGAAAUGAAAAGGAAAUAUAUUUAAAAUUCACAAAAAAAAAGAGGAAAUAAGGGUGUGGACGACAGGAUGACGUCAGCGCCCGGCGAACGCGAAUCGGGCGGAAACAGAGUUCCGCCCGGCGAUUAAAAGCCGGAAGAAUCGUAAUUGAACGAAGUAUAGUUUGGUAAAUUAAAAUCACACAAAGUAUCACUAAAUAAAGCAUAAAUUAAAUUGAAAGCAGGAAACCAGAGUUCCGACGUCGCGACGGCGAUGCGUCGGCGAUGCACCGGAAUCCUGAGCGUUCGGGAGGAUCGUCGUGCAGUGUCCACGGCCUCGAAGGCUCUCCUUGGACAAAGACGACGUGGGCAAUCUCUAGAUCUUCUCGCGAAGUCUAGAGAUCAAUGAAGUGGGUCGUCGAGUCGUCUCCGGCGGCUGUCACCCGGCGGAGCGGAAAAACGGCGACUUUGCGGCUCUCCGGCGGCUGUCACCCGACGGAGAGGAGCUGGAUGGAGGUGGGGCGCGUGUCAGGGAGCUUCAUCCUCAGGUCCGCGCAGCAAGAGGAGGCUCUUCAUCGCAUCUGGUACGCUCUCAGGAGGUGGCGACUGGUCUCCCGGCGGAUCGUCCUCUUCCCGACGAUGGCUUGUUCGUCGAUCAAUCGGAGAUGAUUUACUCGAUGGAUUGCGAUCCUUUUAUCGCGAAUCGUUCAACAAUUUUAGUAGCAAUGCUCCGCGAAUCGCGUUGACGAGAUUUUCGCCGAUGAUCCAGCGAUUCCGGUUGCUUAAUCCUUCACCGGCGAUCUGCAAGAAAGUCGUGAUAAUCAGUUAAAAAUAUAUGAAUUUUGACUCUGGGCGGAUUCGAACCCGCAGCGGUCGCCCGCCCCUGAGCAAGGUGUGACGCGGGUUUAGUCUCACAUCGGUUGUGCGCGGAUUAUUCGGGCGAAUAUAUAGUAAAGUUAGCUUUCUAGGCAAAGUCCUCUCGCGUGUACGACCACUCCUUGCCCCACAGCCGGCUGGCCACCGGUGACGUGGAAGGGGAGUGGCGCACACGUGCCCCUAUCGAUCCAAGCAAGCCGCUCGAACCCCUGCUCGCGGCUACUCCCCGACUACGCUUCCGACCCGCUUGCGGGCCCGGCUGGCCGGCGGGUCCCCCCAUUUUGCAAUAUUUUUAUUUUUAUUUCUUGUUCUUCAUUUAUCUCAAAACUAAGACUAUAAAAAUCGUAUAAAAUCACAUAAUUACCCAAAAAUUCACGUUAAUCAACUGAAAACCACUUUUCAUGCUUUAACACAAAUAUAAGUCUAUUUAUCAUGAGUUAAGGCUAAAACUAUAUUAUUUACUAAUUAUUAACUCAUGAUAAUGAAGACUUAUCAAGGGGCGAUGGGCUGCCUAGGGCAGAUCAAAUCAGAGUUUCCUUUAUAUUUAUAUGAAUAUCACAUUAGGCAUGACCAUUUCCAAAGAUCUUGGAAAUCUCCACUAUAUUUUUAUAUAUAUGGUAUUCCUUAGUAACAUUUGCAUUAUUGGGCUUUAUUGAAAAUUUAUUUGUGGGUAUUUUGAUGAAGGUAUACACCAGAUUCCUCCUCUAUCUCUAUAAGAAUGUUAUCUAUUAUCAUUCUAUUUUAUAUCUGAUAUAUAUCUUAGCAAAGAUCUAUGUAUCUAUGAGAGCAUUGCUGCAGUAUUUCAUUGCCUCAUUAUGAUCAAAAAUCUAUUACUAUGACUACUAGACUUAUUUAUAGUAUGGCAUAGAGACCACAUUGCUAUGUUCUCUAUUACAAUCAGGAUUAGAUAUCUGACUUGUCAAAGUAGUGCACCCAAUUUUAGUGUUACCCUUUUGGAGGAAGCACACCCUCAAAACAGCAAAGAGUGGUUCGUUCAAGAACUAAAUUAGAAUAAAAUGUUCUUCCUAACAACCUCAAAACUAUAGUUCUGUUUCUGUUUCCAUUUUAAAUUCCCUUUUCUGAUAGCGAGUCAAAGGAGAAAUAACUUAGUAACAACUUUUUCACAGCCUCCAUUCUGUAAACAGCAAAUAGACGAUAACUACAAGCUUGAUUUUAAUCAAGCAAACACAAUCUUGGAAUUCAAUCUAUCUCCUACUAAAUUCAUCUUCAUUGAAUAAAAAAUCUAUUUUUUUGGCUAUGACAUCUUACUAUAAUAAGCUAGCUCUUGUAGGGUAACAAGUUAGAGUGAUCCAUCCCGUGGUAAUUUAUUCUUCCCUAAGUUACAUUAUUUUCUUUAAUAAUUUUUUUUAAAGGAUUUUUGGGGAUGUAUGAUUAUAUCUUCACUUAUAAAUGUACUAGAAAUAAUUUCAGCUCUCCCAUUGAGCACAUGAUAAAUAUAAAAAAUUUUCCGUACUCAUUUUCUUUUGAAAAUAAGCCAUGUAAAUCUACAUUGCCAAGUAUUUUUGUAACAAGGAUGUUAGCUGCUCUGCAUGAGAUCCUUGUUGAGUUCAAUGAUCUAGUACACUAAGAGCUCAAUUUCUCCGAACAAGGAGGAUUUAAUUUCUCCAAGAUGAUCUUACAUGGGGUUGGGGGUCCUUCCUUUAGUUCCGAUGUGGGAUUAAGGAUUGGAUCCUGCCCCAUUAGGGUGAUGAUCUCCCUCUGUCGGAUGAUGUCAUGCUCAUGACAUCAUCCUCCAUUGUUGAGUCCUUAUCUUGGGUGUUGUGCUGCGUGCGGGUGCCGUGUCAUGCGCAGACAAUGUGCCACCCGUGGGUGUCGUGCUGCGCAUGGGUGUUGUACUGUCUGUUGCCCCCGUGUUGUUGCACGCGAUUGUCGCUCCGCUGUACGUAGGCACCAUGUUGGUCUGCAUAGUUGUCGUGUUGUGACAAUAGUUGGUAUGUGUUGCCAGUCCCUGGUAACAUUUUCCCCCUUCGGUGAAGUCUGGCAUCUUUGUCGGAUGGUGUUAUCAACAUGCUUGGAUUAGGUCCUCAAACUGUCAUAGGUCCACCUCUUUUUCCCAUGUUGUAGCCUCUCGAGGUUGUUCUGCCCAUUGCACCAAAUAGAAUGUGUUGCGGUGUGCAUGGUUACGUCCUCCUUUGUUGAUGACUUGGUGAUCUAAAAUGGGAGCUGCUACUUGGUCAAAGUGUGUUUGUACCAUUGGUGGGGGGUGGUGGGGCUGGUUAUGCUCUAGGUAGUCCACAUCUGCAUAGUAAGCUUUUAGCAAGGAGAUGUGAAAUACCGGGUGGAUUGGGAGUUGAGGGGGGAGUCGUAGACGAUAUGCCAGACAUCCUAUGUAGGUGAUGAUCUAGAAAGGCCCGUCAAAUCUUAUGACCAAUCUGCUAUGGCACUUUAGUCUUUGCAGACUCUUGUGGGUAGGGUAGAUGCAGAGUAGUACCUAGUCCCCUACAUCAUAUUCAACCUCUUGUUGGUGUCGAUUGACAUUUUUCUUCAUCCACUGAACAACUCUAGCAAGAGCUUUGCGGGCUUCUUCUGGAUGGUCAUGAUGGUUCUUAACAAACUAGUAGGUGGCUGGUAGAUAUCUUGGUCCCUAUUGUUUCACCAAUUCUAAAGGCGUCAAUGGUUACCUCUCCGUAGUAAGUUCAAAUGGGGAGUGUCUAGUGGAGACACAUUGCUGGAUGUUAUGGGCAAAUUUGCACAACGUCCAAGAGCUCCACCCAAUUGUCUUACCUAGUGGUAAUAUAAUGUCUCAAUUAAUCUUUUAGUAUGCCAUUGACUCUCUCUUUUAAUUUAUUAGUCUACAAGUGGAAUGUUGUGGAGAAACUUAGUUCGGUACCCAAGAAGGUGAAGAGAGCUAACCAAAAUCUCCUAGUGAACUGGGGGUCACGAUCCAAGACAAUGUCCCAUGGGAGGCCCAGCCGCUUCUACUUUACACUCCAAUCAAGUUGGUAUAAAUGUGACAUAUUUAGAGAACUUGUCGACCACCACCAAGAUGGUGUCCAAACCCCCCACCCGUGGUAGUCAUAUGAUGAAGUCCAUUGAUAGGAAUCCCCAUAGUCCUUCUAGGAUGGAUAAUAGCACCAAUGUUCCGAUUGAGUAGUGUCGCUCUACUUUAUCCUAUUGACAUAUAAAAUAAGAGCAGACGUAUGAUUUCACAUCCCGCUCCAUGUUCGGCCAAUAGUAACUUCCUGAUAGGAGGGCUAGUGUCCUCUAUUGUCUCGAGUGUCUAGCAAGGGGCGCAUCAUGUGUCUCCCGAAGUAGCCGAUGUCGGAGUUGCCCCCCUUAUGAGAGAAAAGAUUAUUGGCCCUUUGUAUAAAAGAUGCCUUCUUCCAUCCAGAAACGACAUGUUUUGCGUAACUCUAUCUAUUGGAUUAGUUGUUUAGCUGUGGAGUCUAUGGUAUAUGAUGCUCGAAUCUCAUCCAAAAAGUCCCCUGUACUUGUCGAGAGUGUAGUUGCUUCUGCUAUGGCUCCUUGAUGGCUCAAUGCGUUGGUGACCACGUUGAUUUGUCCCAAUUUAUAUUUGAGUGCGAAGUUGUACUCUACUAAGAAGUCCUACCAUCUUGCUUGUUUUGGUGAUAAUUUCUUCUGGGAGUUGAAACAACUUGUUGCUAUAUUAUCGGUGUAGAUUGUGAAGUAUUGACCAAGUAAGUAGUGUCUCUAUAUGUAUAAGCAAUGGAUCACUACCGUCAUCUUUUUCUCAUGCACCGAGUACCGUUGUUUUGUGUCAUUUAGCUUCCUCCCUUCAAAAGUCACUAGGUGCUCAUUCUACAUCAACACCCUUCCGAUGGUCAUUUCUGAAGCAUCUGUAUAUACUUCAAACAGUUUAUUAAAGUUUGAGAGCUAUAAGAUUGGUUCUUACAUGAUUGUUAACCAAAGGUCAUCAAAUGCCUAUUGACAUUCAUUUGACCAUUUUCAUUUCUGAUCUUUCUUGAGGAGUCUUGUUAGUAGGGCCCUUAUGUGAUAGAAGCUCUUGAUAAACUUGCAAUAAUAGUUAGCCAAUCUUAGGAAUGAUCGUAAUUCCAGCACUCCUUUUUAGUUCAGGCCAUUCUUUGAUUGCUAACACCUUCUUAUGAUCUAUGUAUACUUUUUCACUUUCGAUCACAUGACCUAGGAAUUCCACCUCUUUCAUGACAAAGAUGGAUUUAGAAGGGUUCAAAUAUAAUUGAUGACAUUUUAGUGUCUCCAAUAUUUGACGUAAGUGCAAUAUAUUCUUUUAAAUUACAACUGUACACUAAGAUGUCAUCAAGGUAGACCACUGCAAACUUGUCUAAAAAGGGUCAAAAGAUAUGAUUCAUUAAAGUACAGAAUGUUGUUGGAGCAUUAGUCAACCCAAACAAGAUGACUAUAAAUUCAUAUGAUCUAUAUUGUGUGACACAAGCCGUUUUUUGCUCAUCCCAUUCUAGGAUGCAAACUUGAUGAUAUCUACUUUUCAAAUCUAGUUUUAAGAAUAUUCUCACUACUCCCAACUUGUUGAACAAGUCUUCUGCAUUAGGAACUGAGUACUUGUUCUUUAUUGUCAUCUUAUUCAAGGCUUUAUAAUCCACACAAAGUCUCAACAUUUCGUCUUUCUUCUGUUGAAAGAGAACAGGAACCCCAAAUGGUGCAUGUGAGGGCCGUAUAUGUCCUACCUCUAGUGGUUCUUCCAGUUGUUUCCUUAGUUCUAAGUGGGCUAGAGGCAUCUUGUAUGGGGCUCUAGCUGGUGAGUUCUCUUAGUAACAAUUCAAUUGCAUGUUCUAUGUCUCACUUGGGUGGUAAUUUAGCAAGUAAUUUAUGUAGCAUGAUGUCAUAGAAUUCAUUAAGUAAUGGUAAUACUUGUGGAUGUCCCCUCUUCUAACCUUCUUCCCUAGCUUCUUGUAGAGUGACAAAAAAUGUCUUCGCCUCGUGCUGCAAUUGAUUUUUCAGCUGCAUGGUUGAGAUGGUUUGUGGUCUUACUACCUCUUGAGUGGUCCCUUAUACAAAACAAGAAUGUUUCCUUCUGCAUAUCAAGUCAUUAUAGUGGAGGAAUAUUCCUGCCUUUGUUGUGGUUGUGAAGUUAGCCCCAAAGAUGACAUCAAAAUUAUCCAUCCGUAAUACUAGGAAGUCCAACUGGUCUUCCCAUGUACCUAUCUCUAUCUUCACUUGUUGGGCUAGUCCCACUGAGGUUUAAGCUUCAGAGUUGAUAGCCUUGAUCUUGUUGUUGGUACAGACCAGGCUCAACUUGAGGCGGUGGGCUUCUUUUUCUGAUAGAAAGUUGUGGGUGACCCCCAAGUCCACCAAUGCUUUUGUCAAAGUAGAGUUGAUAAUCACCUUUACGAAGAGUAGUUUCCUAGGACCCUCCUGUAUGGCUUUCACUUGUAUCACAUUAAGAAGUUGAAUGGUGUUUAGAUUUGGUACCUCUUCGAUUAUUAGUGGCAGCUAUGUCGAUUGGCUCAAGUGAGACAAUUUACACUCUAGUGAGGGCCACCACAUGUGGCACCCUAUCCACUUGGGUCCCUCAAUUUGUAAAGGAAUCUCAUUCCAACUUGGAUUGUGGUUGCCUUGACCCACUCCCGUCUAGGAUGGUCCUCCUCGUCCCCGGUUGGUAUUAUGACCUCGACUCCCUUGAGAUGUGUCAUUAUUGCUAUCUACUUGUUAGCAUCAGUUGUAUAUUAGUCUGUCUACCACCAUCAUUGUUCCUCAAAUGUCAUGGAACCCUUGUCUUUGGAUUUCAUUUUGAGCCCAUAUUUGGAGUCCUUCCAUGAAAUAAUGAAGCUUAUCUUCCUCGUCCAUCCGAGGUACUUCCAACACUAGCAUAGAAAAUUUCUCCACAUAUUCUUAGAUGGACCCGGUGUGGUUGAGUUAGUUGUCUCAUCACGAUUUAGGUAGUUUGGCUUGAGUUCGCCAAACGAAACUGGUCCCAAAGUUUACGCAUAAAUUCCUCACAGUCAGUCAUUGGUGGUCUUGAGUAGUCUUCCAUUCAGAGCCUCCACCAAGUCUUUGCAUGCUCGGUGAGGAAUAGGCUGCCCACAAACACUUUCUCUUCUUUUGAGGUAGUGUUAGAGUUGACAUACCUCUGUAGAUCCUAGAUGAAGUUCUCAAUUAGCAUAGCAUCUCGUUUUGCACGAGAUCCUUGUUAAGUUCAAUGAUCUAGUACACUAAGAGCUCAAUUUCUCCAAACAGAGAGGAUCUAGAUUUCUCCAAGAUGAUCUUACAUGGGGUCGGAGGUCUUUCUUUAAAUAAGGUCCCUUGGUGGGUCCUCCCUUUAGUUCCGAUGUGGGAUUAAGGUUUGGAUCCCACCCCUUUAGGGUGAUGAUUGACGUGACUCAGUCGUUGUAUAUUAAAUCACGCAAAUAUAAAAUUUAUAAAACUAGAAAAUACAAAUUUUCAGAUAUUUAGAAGUAUUUCUAAAUAAAUAUAUCAAUUAUAAUUCAAUAAAAAUUCCAAAAAUAGCGGUAAUUUCUCAGGUCGAUCACAGGGAUGUAAUAUAAUAUUUUGUAAUUAUUCAGAUUUUUUCUCAAUGAAUACGAUUUUCUAUGAAUUUUAUACUAGGAAAUAAGAAGGAAAUAUAUUUAAAAUUCACGAAAAAAAAGGAAAUAAGGGUGCGGACGUCAGGAUGACGUCAGCGCCCGGCGAACGCGAAUCGGGCAGAAACAGAGUUCCGCCCGGUGAUUCUUACGUAAGCGAUUACAAACGAUUUAAUUAAUCAAAUUAAGAUCUGUAAAAGCCAGAAGAAUCGUAAUAGAACAAAGUAUAUUUUGGUAAAUUAAAAUCACAAAAACUAUCACUAAAUGAAGCGUAAAGUAAGUUGAAAGCAAGAAAACAGAGUUCCGGCGUCGCGACGGCGAUGCGUCGGCGAUGCACCGGAAUCCUGAGCAUUCGGGAGGAUCGUUGUGCAGUGUCCACGGCUUCAAAGGCUCUCCUUGGACAAAGACGACGUGGGCAAUCUCUAGAUCUUCUCGCGAAGUCUAGAGAUCAAUGAAAUGGGUCGCUGAGUCGUCUCCGGCGGCUGUCACCCGGCGGAGCAGAAAAACGGCGACUUUGUGGCUCUCCGGUGGCUGUCACCUGACGGAGAAGAGCUGGAUGGAGGUGGGGCGCGUGUCAGUGAGCUUCAUCCUCAGGUCCGCGCAGCAAGAGGAGGUCGCAUCUGGUACGCUCUCAGGAGGUGGCGACUCGUCUCCCGGCAGAUCGUCCUCUUCCCGACGACGGCUUGUUCGUCGAUCAAUCGGAGAUGAUUUACUCGAUGGAUUGCGAUCCUUUUAUCGCGAAUCAUUCAGCAAUUUUAGUAGCAACGCUCCGUGAAUCGCAUUGACGAGAUUUUCGCCGAUGAUCCAGCGAUUCUGGUUACUUAAUCCUUCACCGGCGAUCUGUAGGAAAGUCGCGAUAAUCAGAUAAAAAGAUAUGAAUUUUGACUCUAGGAGGAUUCGAACCCGCGCUGGUCGCCUGCCUGUGAGGAAGGUGUGACGCGGGUUUAGUCCCAUAUUGGUUGUGCGCCGAUUUUUCGGGCGAAUAUAUAGUAAUGUUAGCUUCGGAAGCAAAGUCACUUCUCUUGCGUGUAUGACCACUCCUUGCCCCACAGCCGGCUGGCCACCGGUGACGUGGAAGGGGAGUGGCGCACACGUGCCCCUAUCGGUCCAAGCUAAGCCGCUCGAGUCCCUGCUCGCGGCUACUCCCGACUGCGCUUCCGACCCGCUUGCGGGCCCGGCUGGCCGGCGGGUCCCCCCAUUUUACAAUAUUUUUAUUUUUAUUUCUUGUUCUUCAUUUAUCUGAAAAGUAAGACUGUAAAAAUCGUAUAAAAUCACAUAAUUACCCAAAAAUUCACGUUAAUCAACUGAAAACCACUUUUCACACUUUAACACAAAUAUAAGUCUAUUUAUCAUGAGUUAAGGCUAAAACUAUAUUAUUUACUAAUUAUUAACUCAUGAUAAUGAAGACUUAUCACACCCCCCAACUUAAAUCAUUGCUAGUCCCUUAGCAAUGGAAUUACGAAAAUAAAAAUUUACAAAUUUCAAACAUCAUAUUUCAAUACAAAAAAAAUAAAAAUACAAUUAGAAAUGAUGCACCUUUAGACACUUUGGACUCUUAUAUCAAGUCUUUAAGAAUAAUGUCAAGCACUUAAAUGUUUAAACACUCCUUGGAAUAACAAUCUAGACUUCACUUCUUCUAUUCACAUCUUUAUCACUUCUUCACUCAUAGAUAUAUUUACAAGAUGUUCCAAUUAUCAAUACUCAUCCAAGAAUAAUAUUGAUCCUACAUUUCCCUUUUUCUAUGGCUUGAUUGUUUGAAGUUUGCACUAUAUUUCUUCUUUCUCUUUUUAUUUUAUAUAUAUAUAUAGUGGAUAAGUAGCUUUUCCUGUAGACAAAUUUCGACAAUAAGAAUGAUGUCUCACACCCUCCAUGUGUACUCUUCAUUUUCAGGGCUUUCACUUUAUCCAUUUAUUUUGCAGCAAGUGUUUUUCUAUGCACGAUUUUCGACAAUGAGAAUGAUGUCUCACACCCUCUAUGUGUACUCUUCGUUUCUAGAUUUUUCACAUUGCUCUCUCUCUUUUUUUUUUGAAAUAAGUGAUUUCUCCUCACAAGUCCUAUAGAUCAGGGUGCAAAAAUCAAUAUUAAACUCAAAUGAUCAAUCAAAUUUUCACAUCACGUAAAUAUUAUUCAUCAAGAUCAUGAAGUGAAAAUCUGUAAAAUCAAAUCCAUGUUAUCUAUCAUGUAUCCAAGGAGUAUUCCAACAUUUCAUGCUACUAGAUCAUUCUUUUGAUUCAAUAAUAAUCUUCCUAGUAUCUUUUGGUAUCAAUCAAUCUAAUUGAUUUAAUUUUUCAUGCAUGCAAUAUGAUGUAAGAGAUUUGUAAAUUAGAUAGUUCUGACAGUUCUGUUUUCUAUUUUCAGUUCUAUUUUUAGCAGCAAUAAAUUUGUCAAAAAUAAAUCAAAACUAUCCUCUUUAUAGCUGUAAUUUCGAAUUUCAGUAAUAUAUAUCUAGGGGAUUGAAAUGUGAGAAAAGGGUCUUCUAGAAUUUCAAAUUUCGGGUUGUUUUUUGUCUGCUGUUUUUGACAAUCUGUUGUUUCUGACAGAAAACCAGAAAAUAGAUGUUGCAAUUUUUCCGAAUUCGGCGAUCUUUUUUUUUAUUUUUUUAGUUGCUGUUCUAAGUUGAAUAAAUGCAAACACAUGUUCUUAAUCGUCCUACAGCAUAAAUUAAUAAUGAAUACUUCACCCCCCAACUUAAAAAUGACAUUGUACUCAAUGACACAGAAAAAUCGAAACAGAAUAUGCAGAAAAUAUAAUUUUCAAGUGAAGCAUGCAUAUAUGCAAAGUUUAGCAUUAAAAAUGUUGUCAUAAAUGAUAAAGCUCCGAAAGACAUCACCUCAACCUCGUUUUUAAUUUUCACUUCGUCUUACACGUGUCCUCCUGCACUUUUUCGAAAAAACAAAUACAAAAACAAGUACUGCAAAAUUCUAAGAAAAGUAGAGCUAAAAAAAAAAAAUUAAACAAAAUGAAAUAAAAACCAUGGGUUGCCUCCCAUGGAGUGCUGAAUUUAAUCUCUUCAGCUGGACAGCUCUUAGAUCAUAUAAGAUGAUCUAUGGCCAUCAAAAUAUAUUUGUAUCCCAAGGUAAGUUUCAUGAUAUUCUUUUUCAAAUUUAGCAUAAAUUCAUAUACUUCAUAUAUAUACCUUGACAUACUUUCAGCCAAAAUAAGAUGGAAAUUAACAAAAUUUUCCCAAAAAUAAUAUUUCCAUUUUGAAAAGAAUCUUUUCUCAUUUCUAUCUUGUUUUGUAAGGCUCUCAUUCAUUAAUAAAUACUUCCUAUUAAUAGACCAUAAAAUGUGAUCAGGCCAUAUAAUUUUCGAAUUAGCUCUUACCCAAUCUAAAUUUUUUUCAUCUAAAUUGAUAUCUCUAAUUCUUCCACUCACCCAUUUCUUAAUGUCUUCUUUUAUCUGCAUAAUCUUCCCCUGCUCCAUUUUAUCUUCCAUACAUAUUUGUUCAAUUUGUGAGGAGUGAAAUAUUUCAAGCUUAGAAGUAAUUCUAAUGGGCUGUGGAUUUUGAAGGAUGGAAGGAUUGUCUUCUUUAAUCUCAGAUCUAAUGAAUUCAGUAAAAUUCAAAUUUUCUCCUCCAAAAUUAUCUCUAUAUUCAUAUUCAUUAUUUUCGUUUCUCCCCAUUAGUUGAAUCAACUCUUUUUCUAGUUUUUCGUUUGUCAACUCAUCAAAUUCUUCAUCUUCCCAAGAGCUAUCUUUUAAUUUCGGUAUAUGAUAUACAUCAUCCUCCUCACUAUCAACAUCCAUGGCUGCAAAAUUAUGAUUAGAUUUAUUAAUUUCGUCUCCUACAUCAACUGAUUUUUCCUCACCUGAAAUAUGUUUUUCUUCAUUUCUGUCCAUACUCCCUUCUACUAAAAUUUGGAUGAUUUUUUCAUGAUCAGCUGCUGUUUCUUCAUCUAAGGGCUCUUUCUCCUCAUCAUCCUCACUAUAUUCAUUCAUCAAUUGUGAGCAAUAAAUUAUUUUAUUCAAAUUUUCUGCUACUAUAUUUUCAGCAUUAAUAUUCUCAUUUACUUCUAAUGGCUCAUCGAUUUCUUCUAAUAAUUGGAAAUAAGGAUCAAGUAAAAUAUUCUCACUCAAUGUAUUCACUGACCUAACAUUUUCAUUUCGUGGGUUUUUUUCUAAAUUUAUCCAGCUAGACUCUCCUUGCUGAAAUCUUACUGUUGGACAGUUUCCUGAAUUUUCUAUGGGCGGACUAGGUGACUGUCCCUCUUCUCUCUUAUUCCCAAGAGCCUCUAUAAUUUGUUUCUGGUGCAGCAUCAUUUGGUUCAUAGUUUGUUGUAUCAUUUGGCUCAUUUGCUGCAUCAUUUCUAUAGUAUCAUGUUGGGUUUGAGAGGGCUGAUUUUUCUGAAAUCUGUUUUCUUGUUUUUGACGAAAUUCAGAGUUUGAAUUAGAUCUAAGUGCUUCUAGAUUUUGAAUAUUAUUUGGGUUUCUCCACGAAAAAUUAUUCCCCCAAUUAGGAUUAUAAGAAUUAGAAAAAUAUUCCCUAUUUUUACUAAAAUCGUGGGGUACCUACACUUGUUCUUGCCUAGGAUGAUAUUGAAAUUCGAAAUGAUCAUUUUCACCAUACAUAGGAUCUGUACUAUUUGAAUUAAAUUGAGGGUUAAGAGGCUUUCUAAUAUUGUCAAUAAGAAAAUCAAGUUUUUCUAAUCUUUGAUUAAUCUGAUUAACCUCAUUUCUAAGUUUAGAUUCAUUAUCAUGAUGCAAUUCAUGAAUUCCUCUCUUCUUAUCCCUAUCAUAUAAUUCAAAAGAGGCUUGAUCUCUAGAAUUUUCACUUAAAUUCUCAUAAAGACUGUAAAUCUCAUCAGGGGUUUUCUCCAUAAAAGCUCCUCCACAUAUAGAAUCAAUCAUAUUUCUAUGUUGUUCUAAUAAUCCAUCAUAAAAAAUUCUAUUGAGCUGCCACUUGGGUAUAACAUGCUGAGGACAUUUUCUAAGUAAAUCUUUAAAUGUUUCCCAUGUCUCAUGUAAAGUUUCUCCUGGUCUUUGAGAAAAAUUCCAUAUAUGUUUUCUCAUAUUUUGAGUUUUUCCUAAGGGAUAAAAUUUUCGAAGAAAUGCCUGUUCUAUGUCUUUCCAGCUAGUUAAUUCUCUAUCUAAUGUGGAUAGCCAAUGGCUAGCUUUGUCCCUAAGUGUAUGAGGGAAUAAUUUCAUCUUAAUAAUUUCCGGUGUAACUUGAGGGAGAUUAACUAAAUCACAGACCAUAUGAAAUUUUUCUAAGUGCUGAUGAGGUUCCUCUAAAGGCAAUCCAUGAAAAUUAGGGAGCAUUUGAAAAAUUCCUGGAUUUAUUUCGAAUUUAACAUUGGGUGCUAAUGGGACUCUAAUAUUGGAUGCUCUUUGAAAUGAAUCAGGGAUAUAAUAAUUUUUCAUGGCCAUAAGAUUUUUCUCAGUUUGACCUGUACUUUCUUCAGGAUCUAUCAAAAUUAAUUUUUCUUUCAGAUUUUUAGUUUUGAAUGAAAUAAUGAAAGGAUUUUCUAGCCUUGGAUGCAAGGAUCUUCUACCAUACAUAAAAAUCAAUAAAUUCGAGGGAAAAAUUUAGUAAUUGUUACCCUCCUUUAGGAUGCUCUAGUCCUUGCCUUGCUUCUUUUCGUUCCCUAAAAAAAAUCGGCAAAAAGAAAAUAAAACAAGAGUUAAAUUUUUUUUGUGUACUCUAAGAGAAAAAUAGAAAAAUACUAAAUAUUAUGCAAUACAUCCCCGGCAACGGCGCCAAAAUUUGACGUGACUCAGUCGUUGUAUAUUAAAUCACGUAAAUAUAAAAUUUAUAAAACUAGAAAAUACAAAUUUUCGGAUAUUUAGAAGUAUUUCUAAAUAAAUAUAUCAAUUAUAAUUCAAUAAAAAUUCCAAAAAUAGCGGUAAUUUCCCAGGUCGAUCACAGGGAUGUAAUAUAAUAUUUUGUAAUUAUUCAGAUUUUUUCUCAAUGAAUACGAUUUUCUAUGAAUUUUAUACUAGGAAAUAAGAAGGAAAUAUAUUUAAAAUUCACGACAAAAAAGGAAAUAAGGGUGCGGACGUCAGGAUGACGUCAGCGCCCGGCGAACGCGAAUCGGGCGAAAACAGAGUUCCGCCCGACGAUUCUUACGUAAGCGAUUAUAAACGAUUUAAUUAAUCAAAUUAAGAUCUGUAAAAGCCGGAAGAAUCGUAAUAGAACAAAGUAUAUUUUGGUAAAUUAAAAUCACAAAAACUAUUACUAAAUGAAGCGUAAAGUAAGUUGAAAGCAAGAAAACAGAGUUCCGGCGUCGCGACGGCGAUGCGUCGGCGAUGCACCGGAAUCCUAAGCAUUUGGGAGGAUCGUUGUGCAGUGUCCACGGCCUCGAAGGCUCUCCUUGGACAAAGACGACGUGGGCAAUCUCUAGAUCUUCUCGCGAAGUCUAGAGAUCAAUGAAAUGGGUCGCUGAGUCGUCUCCGGCGGCUGUCACCCGGCGGAGCCGAAAAAUGGCGACUUUGCGGCUCUCCGGCGGCUGUCACCCGACAGAGAGGAGCUGGAUGGAGGUGGGGCGCGUGUCAGGGAGCUUCAUCCUCAGGUCUGUGCAGCAAGAGGAGGCUCUUCAUCGCAUCUGGUACGCUCUCAGGAGGUGGCGACUCGUCUCCCGGCAGAUCGUCCUCUUCCCGACGACGGCUUGUUCGUCGAUCAAUCGGAGAUGA